AAAAUCCCUCUGCACCCCGCGUGUACAUCGGCCGCGUCAAGUCGUGCUCCGCUAUAUACCGCGGUACAUUUUACACAACGCCGUACUCUUCCCGCUAGAGUAAUACCCAUUAUUUGAUAUCGGCUUUCCGUUUGUAUUUACAACAGUGUGCCGACUCCGCUGACGAGCGUAUAGCAUAGUGGACACGUCGCUGAGCAAAAAAAAAGGGAUCGAGAUGAAGACGGCUUUGGGCGUAGUUAAAAUGAAAAUGGAACCAAUUUACGGAGACGACGCAUCAGAAUCGGCGACAGUGUCUGCCGUCUGCGCUAAAUGCGAAUGUAAAAUCGUAGAUAGAUACAUAAUGAGAGUGUCCGGUCGGUCUUACCACGAACGAUGCCUCAAGUGCUCGACGUGUGCGUUGAAGCUUGAUCGGUCGUGUUUUGUUUGGAACGCAAAACUCUAUUGCCGUCAGGAUUAUGACAAGUGUGUGUACCGUAGUUGUGGCAGUUGUGGUGAUCAUAUUGCGGCCGGCGAACUGGUAAUGCGAGCGGGCGAAUGUGUGUUCCACGAGCAGUGUUUCGUGUGCGUGGUGUGUGGUAUACGACUGUGCACCGGCGAUCAGUAUGUAAUCAAGCACUCGCAAUUGUUUUGUCGUCCGGACUACGAAAAGGAAGUGAACAUGAUGCGAGACGAAAUCAAUCGAAACACAGGAGAUUGGAAUUACAGUCACGAUGGGCGACGAGGACCCAAGCGUCCCAGAACGAUACUGACUACCCAACAGCGACGGGCUUUUAAAGCAUCAUUUGAACUAAGCCCAAAACCCUGUCGGAAAGUUAGAGAAGGUCUUGCUCACGAUACAGGCUUAAGUGUCCGUAUUGUCCAGGUUUGGUUUCAAAAUCAAAGGGCAAAAAUGAAAAAAAUCCAAAAAAAAGCGAAAUUAAACGGUAACAACCUAGUAAUAACUUCCAAUAGUAUAAACGGGAACAACAACUGUAGCGGCGCCGAGAGUGGUAAUUCGUGUAGUUCAAGUGGACUGCUACAAUCAGCUAUAAAAGACGAACAGUGCAGUUCCGAUGGCUGUGAAGAUGGUAUAUCCGGAAGGUUUGAAACGACUCAACAAGAAUCCCAUCAACAACCUCAACAACAACUCCAUGAACCUUUUCACUUACGACAACAAUCUUCUACCGUUGGAAAGCAAGACUCUAUGUCGUCAUUCUUACAGCAACAAUCUUUCGGCAUAUUCGGUCAAGACUUGGAUAACCGACGAGAGCCGAACUAUUUAACACCAGAUAUGAUGCCUAAACACAUUUAUGGCGGUUUCGUAUCGCAGGAGACGGUUAUACGAUGUGGCUCAAACCCUAUAGAUCGGUUGUACUCAAUGCAAGCGUCGUAUUUUUGUAACAAUAUAUCGGACGAUGCUAGUUCAUUGCAACUAGACGAACACCAAUAAUUUAUAUAAUUAUUACUAUUAUUUAUUUAUUUAUUUCUAAUGUACAUAUUAAGACUAAGUUA